AUGGGGGAGAUUUCGCCCACGAAUGGAUCUGCAAACGGGAAUAUCUCUGUCAGGCAUCCGGCAGCAUUGCCAGAGGUUGAUAAUUUCUGCAAGGCGCUUGGAGGGAAAGCGCCAGUCCACAGCAUCUUGAUCGCUAAUAAUGGGAUGGCAGCAGUCAAGUUCAUGCGCAGCAUCAGGACAUGGGCCUAUGAGACCUUCGGCACAGAGAAGGCGAUUCUUUUGGUCGCCAUGGCGACCCCUGAAGAUAUGAGGAUCAAUGCAGAGCACAUCAGGAUCGCCGAUCAGUUUGUGGAGGUACCUGGAGGGACGAACAAUAACAAUUAUGCUAAUGUUCAGCUCAUCGUGGAGGUGGGUUCCUCGUUGCAGGCUUCCAAAUUUACUUUGUUGAUCCUAUGAAAAAAAAAAGUAGUGAAUUAUUUCUGUUAUGAUUAAGUCUGCAAGAUAAUUUAUAUUUCAGCUGUUCACUUAAUUGCAGGUCGCAGAGAUUACGCGGGUUUCUGCUGUUUGGCCUGGUUGGGGCCAUGCAUCAGAGAAUCCGGAGCUCCCAGAUGCAUUAGGCGCAAAGAAGAUAAUCUUUCUUGGACCUCCAGCUUCAUCAAUGGCGUCUCUGGGGGAUAAAAUUGGUUCUUCCCUGAUAGCUCAGGCAGCAGGAGUGCCGACCCUCCCAUGGAGUGGUUCACAUGUGAGUCCUUUAUGAGUUAACUACGAUUUUUCUCAUCAAAUUCUGCAUCUUUUAUUUAUUACCAAUUCUUGAUCUUGCAGGUUCAGAUUCCGCCAGACAGUUGCUUGGAUUCCAUCCCAGAAGAAAUAUAUCGUCAGGCUUGUGUUUAUACGACAGAGGAGGCUGUUGCCAGCUGUCAGGUUGUGGGAUACCCGGCGAUGAUCAAGGCUUCCUGGGGUGGAGGUGGCAAAGGAAUAAGAAAGGUCUGGACAUAUGUGUGCCUUGUUUCCAAUUUAUUUAUUAAUUAAAAAAAUCACAUUUUCCCUUAAUUUUUCCUGUCCCUGGAUUUUUUAUGAUCUUAAAUUUAAAUUGAUCGAAAUAGUUUAUUUAGUUUUUUUAAUUAAAUUCCCCCGUUCUGUCAAUAACUAGGUUCAUAAUGACGAAGAAGUUAGAGCUCUGUUUAAGCAAGUACAGGGUGAAGUCCCUGGCUCUCCAAUCUUCAUCAUGAAGGUUGCUUCCCAGGUAAGGCCUUGCAUUAAUCUACUCAUGCUUUUCGCUUAUGAUCUCCUCGUGCGAGAAACAUAGAAAGGUUUUUGGCUUAAUUUUGAUGCCUGAUUGGGUAGAGAAAAUCUGUGUACGCCUCCGCAAGGACAUUAAUAAUGUAUAUUCUUUGUUUUAUUUUCAGAGCCGACAUUUAGAAGUCCAGCUUCUGUGUGAUCAGUAUGGUAAUGUAGCUGCUUUGCAUAGCCGUGACUGCAGUGUCCAAAGACGUCACCAGAAGGUGAGACUGUUCUUGAAUUCCUUCUUUCUCUCGUGCUCAGAAAUAUAUAUACAUAGAUAUAUGCAUGGAUGUAUUUAGGUAUGUAUGUCUGUAUGUAUGUCUGCAUGUAUGUAUUUAGGUAUGUAUGCAUGUAUGUGUCUAUGUAUGUCUGCAUGUAUGUAUGUAUUUAGGUAUGCAUGCAUGUAUGUAUCUAUGUAUGGGUCUACGAAUGGUACUUAUUUUGGAAUUUCCUCAGCAGUUUUUUAUAGUUCGUCUAUCUCCUCCAUUUUUAAUUAUCAUUCAUCAUCGUCAACAUCUUAGGUUUGAAAAUAUCUCUGGAAAGGUGAUGGUUUGUUUUUCUUCUAAUUAAGUACCAUUUUAUCCUGUCUAGUAGAUCAUUGAGGAGGGUCCAAUCACUAGUUCUCAUUCAUCAUCAUUGUCACCAAACUCGCAGUUUUGACUAAUACUUUUGAAUGUAUGAUGACUUUUCUUCUAAUUACGUGGCAUCUUCCCAUGUCUGAUAGAUCAUUGAGGAGGGCCCAAUUACUAUUGCACCCUAUGAGACUGUGAAAGAGCUAGAGCAGGGAGCAAGGAGACUUGCUAAGUGUGUUGGAUACGUUGGUGCUGCGACUGUUGAGUACCUGUACAGUAUGGACACUGGUGAAUAUUAUUUCCUGGAGCUGAACCCUAGACUGCAGGUCUGCCCUGUGCUUAUGAUCUGACUCAGAGUGGGGUUCAUGCUUUCUGUCUCUAAAAAAAUGUCUCUUCCAGGUUGAGCAUCCGGUCACUGAGUGGAUUGCUGAAAUAAAUCUUCCAGCAGCCCAAGUUGCAGUGGGAAUGGGGAUUCCGCUUUGGAAAAUCCCAGGUAUCUGCUUAAUUUCGAUAUCAGUGAUCAAGAAAUGCUUGCUUUGAUCGUUAAUUUGAUGCUGACUUCACAGUAUAUCUUGACAUUAGAAAUCAGACGCUUCUAUGGAAUGGACAAUGCUGGGGGUUAUGAUGCCUGGAGAAAGAUAUCACACGCUGCAACUCAAUUUGAUUUUGAUCAAGCAGUGUCUGUGAGACCAAAGGGCCAUUGUGUAGCUGUCCGGGUGACAAGUGAAGAUCCUGAUGAUGGCUUCAAGCCCACUAGUGGCAAAGUACAGGUAGGAUCUGGGGAGAUGAUCAAAUCCCUCACUUGAUUGGAACAAUUUUUCUUUCCUUUACUUAGUUUUCUGUUCUUUGAUUGGAACAUCUUUUCUAUUUCAGGAGUUGAGUUUUAAGAGCAAGCCAAAUGUAUGGGCAUACUUUUCUGUUAAGGUACUCACGCUUGCUCAUUGCAGCUUUCCAAAUAGGGAACAUUUUCAGUAGUCAUGAUUCAAUUGGGCACACUUUUCGUUGUCUUAAAUGGAAUGGUAUUUGAUUUGCACACAUUACCAAAUAUGAUCUUUCUCCUAUUCGGGAAGCUUCUUUUGGCGCUGCCAGCUUUCUUACAUUAUCCAUGUUUGCCUGAUAUGCAGUCAGGAGGAGGCAUUCAUGAGUUCUCAGACUCUCAAUUCGGUAGGAAAUUGCAGUUCUUUGAGACGGCUUGUUCCUGUGAUUUCUUCAACUUGUGGGAGCAUUGCUAACGUUGCAGCACAUUCUACCAGGACAUGUCUUUGCGUUUGGGGAAUCUAGAGCUUUAGCAAUAGCUAACAUGGUCUUGGGGCUGAAGGAAAUCCAAAUAAGAGGAGAAAUCCGUACUAAUGUUGACUACACCAUAGAUCUCUUGCAUGUAAGUGCCAAACAUUUUCCCCCAAAAUUAGCUUCAAGUUUCUUACAUUUUAUCCUCCAUUUUUCUGACAUCUUAGAAUUUAGAUUGAUGAGAAAUCCUUUUUUUUUUUUUUCUUGGACUCUGUUAGUAUAUAUAUUAAUUUAAGAAAAUUUCCCAUCAUUUCAGGCUUCUGAAUACAGAGACAAUAAGAUACACACAGGAUGGUUGGACAGCAGAAUUGCUAUGCGUGUUAGAGCUGAGAGGCCCCCUUGGUACCUUUCGGUUGUCGGAGGAGCCCUCUAUGUAUGGAACACUGACUUAAAUCGCAAAUACUUUCAUUAUUGCUUAGCAGAAAAAAAUUAUUUCCUUUUUUGGUUCCAUUCUUUCCCCAGAAAGCGUCAACUAGUAGUGCAGCAAUGAUUUCUGACUAUAUCGGUUAUCUAGAGAAAGGCCAAAUCCCACCCAAGGUAUGUAAAAGAUUCAUGCAUAUGGAUAUUUACUUCAGAACAGUGCCAUCCUUCAUUCUUUUCUGAAACCAUUAAUCAAUGGGAAUAAACUGCUUGCAGCAUCUAUCACUUAUCAACUGCCAAGUGUCUUUAAACAUUGAGGGAAGCAAAUACACGGUAAAUUUUGUUCUCACAGAUUCAAGACUUUUUGAUUGCUACGGAAGAUGUUUAGCCUUGACAAUAGCCUCAUAUACAUUAUGAUUUAUACUCAGAUUGACAUGGUAAGAGGUGGGCCUCGUAGCUACAAACUCAGAAUGAAUGGUUCAGGCAUUGAAGCAGAAAUUCAUACCCUGCGGGAUGGUGGCCUCCUGAUGCAGGCAAGCAUUAAUUUUUUUUCGUGUUCUUCGUAAUGAAAUUAUCUCCUUGGAAGUUUUAUGGUUUGAUGCAUAAGGUUUUAGGAUAGGUUGAUUAAGCACUAUGUGGGAAAAAAAAAUUGGAUUUUAAGAGCCUGUUCUGAUAAUCUACCAUUAUUGACACCUAAGACAGUGAAAACUCUCCUCUAGAUCUUUAAUGAGUUCUGUCUUUUGUAUUUCUGGUUUAAGACCCUCAGUUUUGGCUUGAGGUGUCUCUUCAUGACUACUUUCCGAAAUAAGACAUAAGGAAAUCCACGUCGUGCCCUUCCAUGGCCUUCUGGACGGUUCAUCUUUGAAAAAACUUGUAUGAAUGAUCUCAUAUUAACCUUCUUCCUCUUUCUGCUCUUUUCAAAUUCACCUGCAGCAACAUGUGGGAGAGUUUCAGAGCCUUCUUCUGUUACAAUCGAAUGCCUGAAUUCGAAAGCAUGGGAUACUUAUUUUCUCUUCUAUAUCCGUCAAUGAGCUUUCUAAAGUUAGAAUUUGUUAUGCCUACAAAUUGAAAUAGUUAUAGUUUUAGCUCUCAUAACCUUUACACGAUCACUCAUCUUUGACUGGUAUUUUAUGCAGCUGGAUGGAAAUAGUCAUGUGAUAUAUGCAGAAGAGGAGGCUGCAGGUACUCGCCUUCUUAUCGAUGGAAGAACCUGCUUGUUACAGGUAAUACUGAGUUUCUUGCCACUGGUUUUCAAGGACAUGACGCUGUAAUAAGCCAAUAAUCAUGUUUCAUUUCUCUAAAAGUAGCUAUGGCUAGGCAUUAUUUUCGUUUGUGAUCUGUCAUUUGGUCAACUUCGUUCCAUUUCAUGAAAGCAUCUGUUGCCCUCUGAUUGGCUGGGUAUAACUGAGAGCAUCUUCUGUUCACAGAAUGACCAUGAUCCAUCUAAGCUGAUGGCUGAGACGCCAUGCAAGCUUCUUCGCUACUUGGUUUCUGACGGCAGCCAUGUCGAUGCCGAUACUGCCUAUGCAGAAGUCGAGGUUAUGAAAAUGUGCAUGCCGCUUCUUUUGCCGGCUUCUGGUGUCAUUCACUUUGUGAUGUCCGAGGGGCAGGCAAUGCAGGCAAGUUAUUCUCUCUUGAGCAAAAUUUACGUAGGUCGUGAUUGAAUUUCAUGCAGAAAAAGGAGGCUUGACAUAUUUAUUUAUUUAUUUAUUUAUGUAUUUAGGCUGGAGACUUGAUUGGGAGACUUGAUUUAGAUGACUUAUCUGCUGUAAGAAAAGCAGAACCAUACACGGGGUGCUUUCCAUCAUUGGGGCCUCCCACUGCAGUUUCUGGCAAAGUUCAUCAACGAUUCACGGCAAGCUUGAAUGCUGCGCGGAUGAUUUUGGCCGGCUAUGAGCAUGGGAUAGAGGAGGUGCGUACUGAUGAUGAUGGUAUAUUCACUCUGGAAUUAGAAAAACGAUGAAAUUAUGCCUAAUUAUGACGUGGUUGAAUCAUAACAUGCUUCUGUUAAUAGUUCGACUUUAAUGAAUCAUAACUUGCUACAUUAAAAAAAAAUAAAAAAAAUAAAAUACUUGCUACAUUGCUAUUAUUUUGAGCUUCUAGGAUUAGAAUUUCUCCGUUCUAUGUUAGUGAUGAGGCUAUUUUUUAGGUUGUGGACGUUCUACUUAAAGCUCUGGACAGCCCUGACCUCCCGUUCCUGCAAUGGCAAGAAAGCAUGUCUGUGCUAUCAACUCGCCUGCCAAAAGAACUCAGGAACGAGGCAAGUGCAGAGUUUUGCUUGCUUUUUUUUUUAUAUUCUUCUUCUUACUGUUCUCUACGGAAAUUCUUGCUCGAGGAAUCCUGUCCUCAGAUUUUAACCAUUCGCUCAGAUUCUUUCAUCUGUCUAACCUUUCAGCUUGAUGCUAAAUAUGGAGAAUAUGAGGUGCUCUCUUCCUCCCAGAAGAAUGCUGACUUCCCAGCCAAGCUAUUGAAGGGUGUUCUUGAGGUCUGUGUACACACUUUCUUGUUCAUCUUCUGGUUUCAUCUCCUCAAUUCUUCCCUUUUAUCAGCUCGAUCAUCCGUCCCUGUUUCAGGCACAUCUCUUGUCCUGCCCUGAGAAGGAAAAACCCACCCAGGAGAGGCUUGUUGAGCCUCUGAUGAGCCUUGUGAAAUCAUAUGAAGGCGGCAGAGAAGGCCAUGCUCGGGUCAUCAUUCAAUCCCUCUUUGAGGAAUACCUAUCUGUCGAAGAACUAUUCAAUGAGACCAUUCAGGUUGCUUCUGCCCAAAAAUUGUAUGCCAUUUAGUUUCCUAGAGAGGUUCUAGAAUUCCUUCUUUCAGUAAUCCUAGGCCUGCAAGCAUGAAUUGAUCCCAUGUUUUUAUCUUAUCUCAUGCAUCGAAAAUUUUCUGCAGAGCUAAUUUCUUCCCAGGGCCUUAUUUUCUUGAUCUUGCUCUCUACAGGCUGACGUGAUCGAACGCCUUAGACAGCAGUACAAGAAGGAUCUCCUGAGGGUGGUGGAUAUUGUUAUCUCCCAUCAGGUAAGUUUCCUGUGAUUAUAUCACCUUUAUUAAUGUUUUAUAUAUAUAUAUAAGUCUGAUUUGCAGUAAUAUCUACUUAUAUUUAUAUUAUCCGACGAACAGGGUGUGAAGAACAAGAACAAGCUGAUACUGCGGCUCAUGGAAGCUCUGGUCUAUCCGAAUCCUGCAGCUUACAGAGACCAACUUAUUCGAUUUGCUGCCUUCAAUCAUACGAGCUAUUCCGAGGUCACAUCAUCUUCCUGCAAAAAUUAUGCUAAGUAAAAACGCCAUGCUCUUGCGUGGUCCUGAACCUCUGCUUCCGCCUUUUGUCUCUCAGUUGGCUCUGAAGGCGAGCCAGUUGCUUGAGCAGACCAAGCUGAGUGAGCUCCGUUCGUACAUUGCCCGACACCUGUCCGAGUUGGAGAUGUUCACCGAGGACGGUGAGCACGAUUGCACUCCGAGGAGGAGGAACGCCAUUGAUGAACGGAUUGAGGACCUCAUUGGCGCCCCCCUGGCCGUCGAAGAUGCCCUGGUGGCCCUGUUCGAUCAUAGCGACCACACCCUCCAGAGACGGGUCGUCGAGACGUAUAUCCGGAGACUCUACCAGGUCCAGCUGAGACCUGCCAUUUGUGGAAAGCUUCGUCUUUACCUUGGCCCGUCUCCCAGUCUCACCAUCGUCUUCCUCCUGUGCAUGUCUUCCUUCUUCAGCCUUACCUCGUCAAGGGGAGCGUGCGGAUGCAGUGGCAUCGGUCCGGCCUGAUUGCUUCAUGGGAGUUCUCCGAAGAGCAUAUAGAGAGGAGGAAUGGGUCGGAGGACCCCAUAGCCGAUGAGCCAGUGGUCGAGAAGCAUUGCGAGAAGAGAUGGGGCGCCAUGGUCAUCACCAAGUCUCUCCAGUUCCUGUCAGCGGCCAUCAACGCAGCUCUGAAGGAGACCACCCAUUCCUCGAACUCUUCACCAGACCAGGAAAAGCCGACAAAUGAGCAUCCAAAUCCCACUGGUCCGGGGAACAUGCUGCAUGUGGCAUUGGUUGGCAAUCCCAUGAGCCUACUUCAGGACAGGUAUGUUCACUGUUCUAUUUUUAUUUAUUUAUUUAUUUUUCUAAUUUCUAGCCCAGAAAUUUAUUUCUUACUCUGAAUUUCUACCAUGCGGGCCCUCUUUAUACACCGUUAUUUUUAUUUUUAUUUAAAUUCCAAUCCUGCAGACCCUUUUCCGUAUUCCCCCUCUGAUAAUCCUUUUAUUCUCCUGAAUUCUCAUUGUUGUAUUUUUUAUAUAUAUAAUUUAUCCAUUUUAAUUGCCUCUAUUUUGCCUCUCAUUUCUGAUGAGUUCUUGCUCACAGUGGCGACGAGGAUCAGGCCCAGGAGAGAAUUAACAAGCUGGCAAAGGGGCUUAAGGAGCGGACCAUGUGCUCCAGCCUCUGUGACGCAGGUGUGAGCGUCAUCAGCUGCAUCAUACAGAGGGACGAAGGGCGAGCGCCCAUCCGCCACUCCUUCCACUGGUCGGCCGAUCUGCUCCAGUACGCCGAGGAGCCCCUGCUCCGCCACCUGGAGCCACCCCUCUCCACCUUCCUCGAGCUGGUUCGUGAUCUCGCUGCUUCUUCUUCUUCUUCUUCUUCUUCUUCUGCAUGCUCACGGUGGGCUGUCGUAUGUGCCUCAGGGGAAGCUCAAGGGCUAUGGAAACAUGCAAUACACGCCAUCGCGAGACCGGCAGUGGCAUCUGUACACGGUCUCCGACCCUAAGUCCCGCACGCAGAGGAUGUUCCUGCGCACGCUCGUCCGGCAGCCCAACACGCUGGACGGCUUCACUCUGGGCCAGGCCCUCGACAAGGAGGUGGACGAGCUCCAACUCUCCCUCUCCUUCACCUCCCUCAGCUUGCUCAGGUCGCUCAUGGCGGCCCUGGACGAGCUCGAGCUCCGCACCCACAACGCCAUCAUCAAGGCCGAGCACGCCCACAUGUACCUCUGCAUCCUGCGGGAGCAGCGUCUCGAUGAUCUCGAACCCCAUCUUGGGUAAGCACUCGGAGAUGAGAGAAAAGAAUAAAGAUCCUGCCUUUAUGAUCAUUCUUCGCCAUGAUUUACCAUUUUUGGUCCGUUUUAAUCUGUCAGGAGUGAGGAUGUGCCGGCUGGGCAGGAGGAGGCGGUGGUGGCCAUGAUCUUGGAGGGGCUGGCGACGAAGAUCCACGAGCUGGUGGGCGUGCGGAUGCAUCGCCUGGCUGUCUGCGAGUGGGAGGUGAAGCUCUGGUUGGACUCUGUGGGCCUCGCCAGCGGCGCUUGGCGUAUCGCCGUCACCAACGUCACCGGCCAUACUUGCACCGUAAAUGUAAGUUCUUUACGUUCACAUGCACCUGCAACUAGAGAGAGAAAGGGAGAGAUAAAUAGAGAGAGAGAGAGAGAGAGUGACAAAGCUUUCUUCUCUAUGCGGUUGGCAGAUUUACAGAGAGGUAGAAGACGGGAAGACUCAUCUGAUGGUGUACCACUCGGCCGGAGCCGCUGCGUCUGGUCAUCUACACGGCGUGUCGCUCACCGCCCAGUAUCCCCCCCUCGCUGCCAUCGAUCACAGGCGCCUUUCGGCGAGGAGGAGCAGCACGACCUACUGCUACGACUUCCCCCUGGUUAGAAAGAAGGCCCUCUCUCUCUCUCUCUCCCCCCUUUCUCUCUCUCUGCCUCUCUGCCUCUCUCUCUCUCUCUCGAUGAAUCACCUUAAUACGGGAAUUCCAUAAAGUCAUGAUCUUUAAUCAUAACAUUUCAUGAAUUGCAGGCGUUCAGGACGGCGCUGAGGAAGAUGUGGUCGGAUUCUGGCAGCAAGAAGAUCCCUGGGGAGGUCCUCAAGGUGACAGAGCUGGUGUUCGCCGACAAGAGCGGCGCCUGGGGUACCCCGCUGGUGGCGGUGGAGAGAAAGCCGGCGGCGAACGACGUUGGCAUGGUGGCGUGGACCAUGGAGAUGCUCACGCCGGAGUUCCCCUCCGGGAGAACCAUCGUCGUGGUUGCCAACGACGUGACGUUCCGCGCAGGCUCCUUUGGGCCCCGCGAGGAUGCCUUCUUCCAGGCCGCCACAGAGCUCGCCUGCGGGAGAAAGCUCCCUCUGAUCUACCUCGCGGCGAACUCCGGCGCCAGGAUCGGCGCGGCGGAGGAGGUGAAGUCCUGCUUCCGCGUGGGCUGGUCGGAGGAGGCGACGCCGGAGAAGGGCUUCCAGUACAUCUACCUCUCCGGCGAGGACUACGCUCGCGUGGGCUCCUCCGUCAUCGCCCGCGAGCGCAAGUUGCAGAGCGGCGAGACCCGGUGGGUCGUCGACACCAUCGUCGGCAAGGACGACGAUCUCGGCGUGGAGAACCUCUCCGGCAGCGGCGCCAUCGCCGGCGCUUAUUCGAGGGCUUACAGGGAGACCUUCACGCUCACGUACGUCACCGGCAGGACGGUGGGCAUCGGCGCGUACCUGGCGCGACUGGGGAUGAGGUGCAUACAGCGGCUGGACCAGCCGAUCAUCCUCACCGGGUUCUCUGCUCUGAACAAGCUCCUGGGGAGGGAGGUCUACAGCUCCCACAUGCAGCUCGGAGGCCCCAAGGUCAUGGCCACCAAUGGCGUCGUCCACCUCACCGUCUCCGACGACCUGGAGGGCGUCACCGCCAUUCUCCAGUGGCUGAGCUUCGUCCCCCCUCACGUUGACGGGCCGCUUCCAGUGUCUCCUUCCCUCGCCGACCCGCCGGAGAGGGCGGUGGAGUACCUCCCGGAGACCUCCUGCGACCCCCGCGCGGCCAUCGCCGGCGUCGACGGGGGCGCCGCCGGUGCAUGGCUAGGAGGCAUCUUCGACAAAGGCACCUUCGUGGAAACCCUGGAAGGGUGGGCGAAGACGGUGGUCACCGGAAGAGCGAAGCUCGGAGGAAUCCCGGUGGGCAUCGUCGCCGUCGAGACACAGACGGUGAUGCAGGUGAUUCCGGCGGACCCUGGCCAGUUGGAUUCCCAUGAGCGGGUGGUGCCACAAGCUGGGCAGGUUUGGUUUCCGGACUCCGCCACCAAGACGGCGCAGGCGAUCUUGGACUUCAACAGGGAGCAGCUUCCCCUGUUCAUCCUCGCCAACUGGAGGGGCUUCUCCGGCGGGCAGAGGGACCUCUUCGAGGGCAUAUUGCAGGCCGGUUCCACCAUCGUCGAGAACCUGAGAACGUACAACCAGCCGGUCUUCGUCUACAUCCCCAUGGCCGGGGAGCUCCGCGGCGGCGCGUGGGUUGUGGUGGACAGCAAGAUCAACCCGGAGCAGAUCGAGAUGUACGCGGAGAAGACAGCAAAGGGGAACGUGCUGGAGCCGGAGGGGAUGAUCGAGAUCAAGUUCAGGGCCAGGGAGCUGCUCGACUGCAUGGGGCGGCUCGACGGGGAGCUCGCCGGCGUGAAGGCGCAGCUCCGGCUGGCGGAGGCGAGGAGCGCCUCCGCGGAGGUGGAGGCGCUCCGGCAGCGGGUGAGAGCUCGGGAGAAGCUGCUGCUGCCGCUGUACACGCAGGUCGCCACAAAGUUCGCGGAGCUCCAUGACACCUCCUUCAGGAUGGCCGCGAAGGGGAUCAUCCGGCGGGUGGUGGAGUGGCGGAGCUGCCGGUCUUUCUUCUACAGGAGGCUGCGGAGGAGGGUGGCGGAGGCCUCGCUGGUGAGGACGGUCGUCGGCGCCGCCGGCGACCAUCUCUCGCACGGCGCCGCGAAGGGGAUGAUCAAGCAGUGGUUCUUGGCCUCCAAGUCCGGUGGGGAGAUGGCGGAGGCGCUGUGGGAGGAUGACGAGGCCUUCUUCGCCUGGAAGGAGGAUCCGGCGAACUACGAGGAGCAUCUGGCGGAGCUGAGGGUUCAGAAGGCGCUGCACUGGCUGUCGGGGAUCUGCAAGUCGGCGGCGGAUCUGAAAGCUCUGCCUGGGGGCCUCGCCGCCCUGCUCGCCGAGGUGGGAGAACUAACUCUACAUCUCCUCUGGCCAUUUUUCCCGGCUCUGCAUUCGCUGACGAAGAAUUCCUGCUUCUGCAACCUGAAACAGGUCGAGCCUUCCGCGAAAGCUCAGCUGGUGGAGGAGCUCAGACGGGCAAUCGGUUGA